AUGACAUCUUCUGAACAAGCAGACGCUGCCCUCAACAAUACUUUGAAAGAUGUUCAAUCGCUUAUCAAGCGAUGUAUGAAGUUGAAAGAGGGUGAUUCAGUGACGGGGUUAGCAUUGUCGGAUGAGAUUGCCAGACGGGUGUUAAUUCUGGACUACGGCGAUAAUUUGUCACAGGCAAAAGAUUUAAAGCUCUAUGGAGGGAGCGCAACAUCAUUCUCUCCCCAGCUGCUGUCAUGUGCAGUGGUCGUACGGCAGUACUCGAAAGGCAGCAUGUUUGAAUCAUUGCCGGACUGGACGACUGUCGGCAACAAUGACCCACACAUCAAGGAUCACCCACGUUUCCACAAGAAUGCAUCAGCCCACUCCUGA